AUGGAUACUCUUGCUAGUUUUAAUGAAGAAGAUGAAUCAAUUCAGCUCUGUGAACCUAAUAUUACAUUUAUAGUUGACGAGGCUACAUUUGGAAAAGGGACUCUGUAUGUUGCUGAAAGUAAACUUUACUGGAAAAAUGAUGCAACUAAUCAAAUAGUUAGUAUUGAUUACAAAUCCAUGUGUGUAUUUGGUACAUGUAAUCAUCCAGUAGUACACGAAAAACCUUGUUUGCAAAUUAUAGUUGAUUUUGCUUAUAAACCUUCUGAUAGUAUACAACAUGAAAAUGGACAAAACCUAAAUGGUAACAAUCAUAUUAAUGGAGAUGAUGAUUCUGAAGAAGAUGAUGGAGUUGAUGAAAAUGAAGAUGAAGAUGAAGAAGGAGAAAUGAAAUCUAAAAUAAAACUAGUACCUGACACCCCAGAAUGUCUGAAUGAAAUAUAUGGAGCAUUUACACGUGUCCAGCCGUUACAUAAUACUAAUGAUCCGGAUAGUGAAGAAGAAGAAGAAGCAGAUGAUGAUUUUUAUUAUAACGAAAAUGAUGAAUUUGAAGACUAUGAUGAAGAUGAUACUGAACAAAUAUUGAGGAAUUGA